AUGACUGCGAGGGCAUUACUGGCCCUGGCAUAUUCACUUGGCCUGUCUGCCGGUUGGCCAUCGUUGUACACGGACUGCAGUGUGUUUCCAGACCUGGGAGAGCCACAGCCGCGGGGGCCGGCCUCUGUGCGAAAGGUGGGCUGGCGUAAUCACCCACCCCUCGCUUUGCUGUGCGAGCCUCACCCACCGACAAGCUUUGAGUGGUGCAUGGGCCACUGCAGUUUUCGCCAGGGAGAGCAGAACUGCAGCCUAAGCAAAUGCACUUGCAAGGAGCACUGUAUGGGCACGCAGGAUGUCUGCCUAGGUGCCGGAGCACCGCAGAUUUCUUCACACUAUUCGCUGCCAGAUGCAUUGGCUGCCCAGCCAGGUCGCACUAAGCUGCUGCUCGACGGUCAGCCAGCAUCAAGCUACAUGCAGGGUGUGAAAUAUCGGCUCACUGUUGUACCGGACGGUGACAGUUCGUCUGCAUCAACGUGGUUUCUCUUAGAUUCGGGCGUCGGACGCUUCUCCAUGUUGAAAGGUGCUAUCGGCAACUGGCAGCUUAAGUGUGAUGGAACUCGAGCUUCUUUUGUCAGUGAGACAAAUGCUCCUGUGGACUUGUUCUGGACGGCACCUCAGCACAGCAACGAAUCAGUGGCACUUCGGGUGGCUGCCGCAACUUCCAUGGGUAAUCUUACCCUGAAUGCUGCGGUGCUGAAUUCCAGGGCCAAAAGCACGCCUCCUCCCGGGGAGAUUGGGUACUUCUGCACAGUUACGCAAGCAGCAGAAAUCAACGGCACCGGGAGUCCAGUCCCAAUGAAGCAGUGCAUGACUAUGCCAGCUGGGACAGUGGGUGCCUCGUCCAAAACUGACUGUGAAGCUUCGUGCUUACAAGGACGUGGGACCUACUUCUGUGCUCGCUGCUCCCAUGUUUACGACCCGGCGAAAGACGGCAACGGCUCGGGCUUUGAAGAGCUACCCGACUCCUGGCGCUGCCCGCUCUGCGGCGCGCCGAAGUCUGCAUAUGCCAAGCAGCUGACUGAGACGGGGAAGGCCCUUUGGGUUCACACUUACAUCUAG